AUGGCAAAGAAGGCGAUGGAGAACGGAUAUAAGCUGAUUCUAGGUUCUCAGUCGAUGGCGAGAAAGCAGAUUCUGGCUGAAAUGGGAUAUGAUUUCACUAUUGUAACUGCAGAUAUUGAUGAGAAAGCUAUUAGGAAAGAGAAGCCUGAAGAUUUGGUUGUGACUAUUGCUGAAGCAAAAGCAAAUGAGAUUAUAUUGAAAUUAGGAGGUGAAAACCAGUUUACACAAGAUUCUCAACCAACUCUAUUGAUUACUGCAGAUACUGUUGUUGUGUACAAAGGUGUUAUUAGAGAAUAA